CUUCUACCUCCCUCUCUCCACGGAGCAAAUCCAUCCAGCCUCUCUCUCUCCCUCACUCACUCGGUUGAGCGCCGCACAGAUCCCGGAGCGCCUGACGUCGGGAGCGCGCGGAUGGCGUCGACGACGGCGUACUCGCGGCCGUCGAAGCUGCCGAACAGCGGUGCCGGCGAGAGGAGGCCGCCGCCGCCGCGGCUAAUCAGGGCGUUCUUCGGCUCCGGCGCCAAGAUCGAGCCCAGGAAGCUCGGCGCCGGCCUGCUAGCCGGCUGCUGCCUCGCGCUCCUCACCUACGUCUCCCUCGCCAAGCUCUACGCCGUCUACUCCCCCGUCUUCGCCACCACCUCGGCCCUGCUCCAGAACGCCCCGCCGUCGCCGUCGUCCUCGUCCUCGGCGCCGGAGGCGGUGGCGGUGGCCGCUCCGCGUCCGCCCAAAGAACCGGCAUUUAUUGGCAGCAACAACGGCAGCGCCGUGGAUCGCGUCGAUUUGACCCCGGCGACGGCCGGCUCUCAAGAGCCCGGGGUGCCGGAGGCGGUCUCCGGAAAGGAACACGCGGAGAAGGCGCCGGCGCCGGCGAACACCUCGGCACCAAUGCCAUCUGAGGAAGGAAAGAGGAAGAGCAGCAGCAGCAGCAAUGUCACCGCCGGUCCGAUGAGCUGCGACGAAAAUGGAGUGGACGAGGGGUUCCCCUACGCGCGGCCGGCGGUCUGCGAGCUGUCCGGCGACAUCCGGGUCAGCCCCAGCCAGAAGACCAUGUACCUCGUCAACCCGUCCGGCGGCGGCGGCUUCGACGAGAAGGGCGAGAAGCGGCUCCGGCCGUACGCCCGUAACGAUGAGUUCCUCCUGCCUGCCGUGGUGGAGGUGACUGUCAAGUCUGUCGCCUCCCCUGAGGCCGCGCCACAGUGCACGAAGCAGCAUCGCGUCCCCGCGGUGGUGUUCUCCGUCGCCGGGUACACGGACAACUUCUUCCACGACAACACCGACGUGCUGAUCCCAUUGUUCUUGACGACGGCGCACCUGAAAGGCGAGGUGCAGCUGCUGAUCACCAACUACAAGCCGUGGUGGGUGCAGAAGUACACGCCGGUGCUGCACAAGCUCUCCAACUACGACGUGAUCAACUUCGACGAUGAUGCCGACGUGCACUGCUUCUCCCGUGGGUAUCUCGGCCUGUACCGUGACCGCGACCUCAUCAUCGCCCCUCACCCGACCCGCAACCCGCGCAACUACACCAUGGUGGACUACACUCGCUUCCUCCGAGCUGCGUACGGGCUCCGCCGCGACCAGUCGGCGGUGCUCGGGGCAGAGCCCGGAAUGCAGCCCCGGAUGCUGAUCAUCUCGCGCAACGGCACGCGCAAGCUGCUGAACCAGGAUGAGGUGGCCACCACCGCUUCGGAGCUCGGGUUCAACGUGACCGUGGCCGAGGCUGGUGAUGACGUGCCGGCGUUUGCGGCCUUAGUGAACUCCGCCGACGUGCUUCUGGCUGUGCACGGCGCCGGGCUGACCAACCAGAUCUUCCUGCCGACGAACGGGGUGGUGCUGCAGAUCGUGCCGUGGGGGAACAUGGACUGGAUGGCGACCAACUUCUACGGGCAGCCGGCGCGGGACAUGCAGCUCCGGUAUGUGGAGUACUACGUCGACGAGGAGGAGACGAGCCUCAAGGACAAGUACCCGAGGGAUCACGUGGUGUUCAAGGACCCCAAGGCGCUCCACACGCAGGGGUGGCAGGCGCUUGCCGGCACCAUCAUGAAGCAGGACGUCAAGCUGAACAUCACCAGAUUCCAGCCCUUCUUACUCCAGGCCAUGGACGAGCUACAGGAGUAGCAGCAUCGUCUCCCCAACCAGCCCAGGUAAACUCACAUCACAUUCACCAAACACUGAACGCACAACAAGAUGAAAUGCAGAACAAUGUAAUGCUAGUGCUAGUCGCUACUCACUACUCACUACUACUGCUGCUGGAAAGGGUGAUGAUCUGAAUCUGAUCAUUCGGUCAUGCCGCGGAUUCAGGGAACCUGCACUAGUGUGGUGGAUGUGUCGUUGUGUUGUACAAUCUGUAGUAGGAGCAUCAUGUUCGAGACGCGCGCGAUCAAUUUUGAGAAUUGCUGUUGUGUGGUAGGCGGAGAGGUUUGGCUGAAAUUUGCAGUGGAAGGAAAGAACCGCUGUGAAAUCAGUGAAAUCUGUAUUUUGCGAACGUGGCGAGAAUGUUGCUGGUUGCUGGUAGGCUGGACAGUUGUGCCUUCUCUUGAUCCUCUAUGGUUAUUUUCAUGUGACCUUAACCUUAUCUUGAAGAAUUUUUGCUGUUCAACUUUGUGGCUGUUUAAUAUAAGUACCUUAUUCUCAAAA